GCGCCGACGAAAAUAAUUGUGCCGCUUCGUUGUCUGGACACAGCUACAAUUGGUUGAUAGUUUCCAAUUUUUUUGUUUUAUUUCCAUUAAAAUCUAACAAAUUAGCACAAAUAUGUCCUAUCAAUUGUAUCGUAAUACCACACUGGGCAAUACCCUGCAAGAAAGUUUGGACGAAUUAAUCCAGUAUGGACAAAUUACACCCGCAUUGGCAUUUAAGGUCCUGCUGCAAUUUGACAAAUGCAUCAACAAUGCGCUCAGUCAGCGUGUCAAGGCUCGUGUUACAUUUAAAGCCAGCAAACUGAACACCUAUCGUUUCUGCGACAAUGUAUGGACACUGAUGUUGAACGAAGUGGAAUUCCGUGAAGUCCACGAAUUUGCCAAAGUGAAUAAGGUGAAGAUUGUGGCAUGUGAUGGCAAGAGCGGCGAAUUCAACUAAAAAAAAAACCUGGCAAAGAGGUCUAUUCGAAUUGUUAACAUUAUUAAUUACAAAGAGCCACCGAGAUGAAAGAAGAAAUUCAUUUAUGGUUGGACUUGGAAUACAUACGAAUAAAUUGAUCAUGUGGAUGAUGAUGGUUAGAUAUACAUACUAUAUUAAAGUAAGAAGAUAAUUUAAGUUUUGUGGAGUAAUGGUUUCAUAGGAAAACACACUAUUGGCUUGGAAAUGGACUAUGGCAUUACUUAUUACUAAUGAUAAUAAUUAUGACAGUAACGAAUUGAUGAUGUAGACAAAGACAAAUACCAUGUAUUUAAUAUAAGAUUUUCUAAAUAAAUCAAGUUAAUUAAUGUAGCAUUAAUUUAAGCAAA